AAUAGGAUAGACCUGCAAUGUUGCUCGCGAGUUCUUGUGCGGUAUCGUUAAUGCGUGGGCCUAGAUUAAUCGAUGGCAAACUCAUGAACCAGACGCCGGGAGCGAAGAGUAUGUUUAAAGUGUUUGCCAGUGAAUUUCCUGUAUUUCUUCCCAAGGAAGUUGCGAAUGUUGAGGACGCAUUUGGCAGAAAGCUGGCUUCGAGGAUUGAGAGAUUGCCUGUGCAACUGAGUUUGUCGAAAAGUUGCAUUAUGAGUAGCUGUGUAAAGCCCAAAACACAGCUCAAUGGCAGCCCCCUGGUUCUCCUCCAUGGUUUCGACAGCUCCUGUUUAGAAUGGAGAUAUGCCUUUCCUUUGCUUGAGGAGGCAGGAUUAGAGACCUGGGCUGUUGAUAUUCUUGGAUGGGGCUUCUCCAAUUUGGAGAACCUUCCUCCAUGCAAUGUAGCUUCAAAGUGUGAUCAUCUUUAUCAGUUUUGGAAAACCUAUAUCAACAGACCAAUGGCAUUGGUAGGACCAAGUCUUGGAGCAGCAGUUGCCAUCGACUUUGUUGCCAGACAUCCAGAAGCUGUGGAAAAGCUUAUUUUUAUUGAUGCAAGUAUCUAUGCAGAGGGUACUGGAAGCCUUGCAAAGUUACCGAAACCGAUAGCAUAUGCUGGAGUGUAUUUGCUAAAGAGCUUGCCAUUGCGCCUAUACGCAACUUGGUUGGCUUUUAAUGGUUUGCCAUGGAAAAUUUGCCUGGACUGGACAAAAAUUGGUCGGCUGCAUUGUUUCUAUCCUUGGUGGGAGGAUGCCACUGUCAAUUUUAUGAUCAGCGGAGGAUACAAUGUUGGUGCACAGAUUAAUCAGGUAAAGCAGAAAACACUCAUCAUAUGGGGCGAAGACGAUCAGAUUAUUGACUAUAAGCUUGCCGUGCGACUACACGGCGAAUUACCAAAUGCAGUCUUACGGCAAAUACCCGAUUGCGGCCACAUUCCUCAUGUGGAGAAGCCUGCUGCAGUUUCUAAGUUGAUUACAGAGUUUGUUCAAGCAGAUAGCAACGUCGAAGACACAAAGGGAUUAAUCUUGUCUUGAAGGGACACUUCUCUGAUCCCAACAAACGUUAGGAGAAAUGGCUGAGUUUGGUGAGUUCACCUGCCUAGAUGGUACUCACACUAACCAUUCUAUUUUCAGUCAUAUAUCAUCAUCUUGCUUUGUGUAUAUUUCAAGAAUUGACUCUCAUUUUUCAUAUCCUAUUUCACUUUAGUUCAUUUAAAUUAUGGAUCAAACAAACACACACAUUCAAAAGAAAAGGGGAAUCACAUUCUCUUGCUUUUUGUGCACAACAGAGGGGAAAAAAACAAAACAAACAAAAGAAAAAAGGCGUGGUGGAGUGGAGGUAGCUGUGCCAUUGUUGACAGGAUGGAAACAAACUAAUUCUUGAUAAGGGAAUCAUUCCUUUCCAGUCAAAUUUGGACACCCCAUCCACCCCAUAACUUAGAUUCUUGGCUACAUCAUUAAUCCAGAAAUUACUGGAGUUAGGAAGACAGGCACUAUCACAAGGAUGCUGCUUCUGCUUCGAUGGAUCUUCAUCGUCGCCUCGCCGUUGCUGCUGUCUGUGUUGCUAAAUCCACUCCCCGUCGGCCCGAGGCUGACGCCGCCGCUGGGAGAUACUGUGGAUGAACCUGGAACUGUAGUUGUGCCACCAGUGGUUGGUGUUCCUCCCAUUGUUGGACCAGUGGGUGUUGUGCUGACUCCGUUGCUGCAUAGAUUUAGGUGUGUUUGAAUAAACCAUGAAUGGAAAGAUCUGUUUAGUUAAUGGGUAUUCAAAAUUGGUAGCAGAAUUUGAAAGUUGAGAAAAAAAAAAAUGAAAGACAGGUCACAUGAUGGCUUAUUUUGUGGCUUCAAAAGCUGACUGUAACCAUAACUUAUAUUUAUUACAUCCCAGGAAUGGACAGUAGGUCUAAUCUAC